AUGGACGACGGGGUUGUGGAGAAGGUGAUCGCGCUCUUCGAGGAGAAUGAGAAGCGACUGUACAGUGACAAGCCUGGCGAUGGUGACACAGGGGAUGAAGAAGGCGCACGCCGUGGCUACGAGGACUUGAACCUGGCCGUUGGCUUUGUGUUUGUGUUUGUUGAUGUGUUUGCCACACAAGCCGCCAAACAAGCUGUCGAUGCCAAGGCGGAUGAGGAGACCAUAAUCGCCGCGCUGCUGCACGACAUUGGAUGGCUCGCUCCCAAGCCGGACGACUCCACCCUUCUCACCACAUCCGACGAAUCGGUGUGGCUGGCCAAGCAUGAUGUCGUUGGAGCAAAGAUGCUUCGGGACAUGGGAUUCAGCGAUCGUCUCGCGCGGCUGGUGGAAGGCCACGUCCAGGCCAAACGGUAUCUCACUUUCAAGGAGGACGGGUACUAUGAGGGCCUCUCGGCAGGAAGCAAGUUCACGCUCAAGCACCAGGGCGGUGUUAUGAGCGCUGAGGAAGCCAAGGCCUUUGAGCAGGACCCGGACUUUGACAACUACUGCCAGAUGCGCCGCUGGGAUGAAAACGCAAAGAUCAAAGGCUUACAAGUGCCGAGUGUUCGCAGUUACAAAGACAUGAUGAUGCGCUGCCUCUCCACUGCUCUCUGGACCGAUCGCAAAGGUUUCACUGCUGCUGACAUUGUCACCGCCUCGCUCAAGUCUUUCUUUGACGAGCAGGGUGAGCGCUUGACCAUUGUGAUUGAGAAUUUGUAA